AGCAAUCCGGUAAUAGAAAAGGAAAAAAGAAGCCAGCCCGCCGCCGCCGCCGCCCGCCGAACCCGCCCCAGCUCGCCGCUCCGACGCCAGCCACCUCAUCUACCCGCGACCGACAGCUUCCGCCCCACCCGCCACCUCGUCCGCCGCCCCGACGCCCGCGCCUGACGCCACCCGCGACCGACGCCGACGACCGCCGCUGCUGACCGACGCCCUCCGUCCCAGGCCAACUCGUCCCCCUUUCCCAACCAGCGACCUCGAGAUCGAGCUCGUCCUCCCCAUGUCUUCCUCGAUCCGCAGCAGUAAUUCCUAAUGCUGGAUGGUAGUAUAAACUCGGAGGUAUUCACACACGCACAGCCGCCGCCCGCCGCCGGAAACUUGCGAGCAUUCCCAGCCAGCCAUGCUGGACACGCCGGUGAUGCCCGCCGGGCAACAAGAAGAGGAAACCAGUCACGACCACAUCUUCAGGGAAUUCAUGGCCGGGGUGGCGCGGUUUGAGGAGCUCGUGGAUGGCGGGAGGCGAUUCCUGACGAGAUUCCGGCAAGAGCUAGAGUAUUUUCGGAGGCCGCGGGUUCCGGUUGAAUCGGAUGUUAUAGGUGAGAUAGUUAGAUCUAACUGCACCGACAGGAUGAAGUCCUAUCUCGAAUCAGGCUGCAGCCUUCACUGCCAGAGCAUCUCCAACUUGAGCCAGUUAAAUUCAUGCGAGGGAGAGCUCAAAGGUUGUAUACACAAAGUGAAGGCACUGCUCAAAGAACUUCAAUGCCUAGUGGAAGGUGCUUAUGACGCAACACUAACAGCCAAUUUGCGUGCUAUGCACGUUCCAGACGAGAGCACUGCUGAUAACAAGAUGAACGACCAAUCCCACUGCAGAGAGGAGAAGGGGGAGCAACCUUCAGAUCACCUCGACAGCAAUUCAUCGCUCGUUACAUUGAUGAUCCUCGUCCAUAACAUGCUAAAGCUUGAUUACAUGAUGCAGGAGAAGAUUGUCGGGUCACUGUCCCUCAAAUCAUCAUCCACGGAGCUUGAUGGUUACUGCCUUAUGUGGGAUCUGAGGCCGUACGUCGAGGGCGACUUGAUGAAUCUUGCGUGGAAAUCAUGCCCGUAGAAACCCUUUGGCCCCUGGUUGUUGGUAGAUCACGUCCAGCGACUUCUACAGCUAGAUAGCGGCGUGUGUGAUUUGGGACUAGGGAUGGCACCCGCAGGGUAUGGGUACGGAUAGAGCCAUCCCAUACCCGUACCCGUCGCAUUCAAUCUUACCCGUCACCCGUACCCAUACCCGUGAACGGGUACAAGUUUUUCCCAUACCCGUCACCCGGCAGGGUAAAUGGGUACCCGCGGGUAAAAAUACCCGCACUUACAACGUAUAAAGUUGUUCAAAAAUAUAUGAAAUGAGGUAAAGCGAUCCUAAAUAGUGGUCUAAUCCUUACUAACCUACCAGCGAUUUUCAGAUCAGGAAGCGUGAGGUUCAACCAAGCAAUGUGAAGGCGCAGUUAGGGGAAAAUUAAGUAGUUCAAAACAUUACGGAUGCCCACUUGUCAAAUUUAUAUGGGUAAAACCCAUACCCGUACCCGCUCUACCCGAUGGGUAUGAUAUUUUCCCGUUUACAAAACCAUGGGUAAUAUUUUGUCCCAUACCCGUAUUUCUAUUGGGUUUUUACCCGGCGGGUACGCGGGUCAUGGGUACCCAUUGCCAUCCCUAUUUGGGACUGUAGCACUGACACUCCAUGAAGAUUUGUGUGAGACUGCAAUUUGUUAUGGGGAGUCCUACUCUGAGAUCCGCAUAGAUCCUUUUAACAGAGGAAAAGAAUUGAAAGGUCUAUGUGAGUAUAAUCUUGAUUUUUUCUCA